AUGAUUGAGAGACACCAGUUUGGUGGGGAAGCAGGUGAAGACCCAAAUCUUUACAUUCAAUCUUUCAUCCAAUACUGCUCUACCAUCAAGCAAAUGGGAUUAACUCCGGAGCAGACUAUGGAGAUUCUUUUUCCGUUCUCUCUGAGUGGGAAGGAGUCUUUGGCCCUUGCAUUCUAUGUGAAAUAUUUCCCACCUGAGAAAACAGCUCGUCUGAGGAGCCAGAUCAUUUCUAUUACUCAACAAGCAGAUGAGAGUUUGUUCGAGGUCUGGGAAAGGUUCAAGGAUCUACAUAGAGAGUUCCCACACCAUGGUUUAAGCGACUGGUUCUUGAUUCAACAAUUUUAUAAUGGUCUGGGUAAUGACUCUAGACUUAUUCUGGAUUCAGCUGCUAGUGGGAGAUUCAUCCAACUUGCUGUGACUAGAGCUUUGGAGAUGCAGAAGUCUCUGAGUGAAAAGGAUGCUAAAAUUGAUGCUCUUACCGCCCAUAAUAAGAUCAUUGAUACGCAGUUGGCACAGAUGGCUACUACUCUUGCAGGGAGACCCCCAGGUCAACUCCCUUCACAGCCCGAGAAUAGGGAAACUGCAAAUGCUAUUACAUUGAGGAGUGGAUGA